GAUUAAUCCAUCGGAAAACAUUAAGGUUUUUUCCGCGAUUUUUUUCAUGUUUUUCUUCGUAAGUUUGCCGCAAACGAUUAAUCUAUUCUUCAUCUGGGGUGACUUCGAUCUGGUCGUCGAAAAUUUAUCCAUGGACAACAUGACUAUCUCUAUUGCGAUCUUAAAGACAAUGGCUUUUUGGUGCAGCGGAAAAUCUCUGAAAGGUUUGUUAAAUAUCAUGGAAGAAGAUCGCAAAGAAGCUACGAAAGAAGAGGACGUCAAAAGAAUGAUGACGGUUGCUACAAUUUCAAGAAAAAUCACCAUAACGGCCAACAUAAUGUGCAACAGUCUCGUAGUCAUUUAUGCCAUAAUGCAUUUGGCAACAAAUUAUACGAGCGUCCGUGGUCUCUUCUUUCCAGCUUAUUUUCCUUGGGAAACUAAACCCACCCCAAAUUACGAGUUUACAUUUUUCGGACAAUUGAUGGGAUCAUUCUAUGCUUGUGCUACUUAUUCCGUAGUUGAUACUUUCGUUGCUACUUUAAUUUUACAUGUUUGCGGACAGUUGGCGAAUCUGAGACACGAGUUAAUAAAUUUGCAAAGUAAAACGAAGGAAGAAUUUCAAUCUAAAUUGGCACACAUCGUGAAAAAACACGAUUACCUUAACAAAUUCACGGAAACAAUCGAAAAUUGUUUCAACAUGAUGUUGCUGAUUCAAAUGUUAGGAUGCACUAUAACUCUCUGCUUGGAAAGUUUUCAAACGCUCGAGUCGGUAACCGGGGAAAAAGAUGAAUUCUUUUUACUAGAACUAGGAUGUGCUGCAUUUUACGUCUGCUAUAUCCUAGUUCAACUUUAUCUUUAUUGUUACGUAGGAGAAAGACUUCUUUCAGAGAGUACAGGAAUGGCGUCGGCGGCCUACGAAUGUGAAUGGUACAACUUAUCACCGAACGAAGCAAAAUGUCUUAUACUGAUCAUGCGUCGUGCAAGAUCGCCCUUGCGCAUUACAGCUGGAAAAUUCUGUUCCUUCAAUCAUGAACUGUUCAGCGAAGUCGUCAGAACAUCAAUGGGCUAUUUAUCCGUUCUCUAUGCAGUAAAGAGCGAAGAUUGAAAUUAAAUUGACAAUAAUCAUUAUGACAAACGAGUAAUAAAACUAUUAUAUAAUUAUUAUACAGUGUAAUAUUUAUAUUUUUCAAAUAAUUCCUAGACAAACAAAAUUAAUAUCAGUAAUUAUGUAUUUAU